AUGUGCUACCAAGAGUUCAUCGCCUACCAGUGCGGCCACCGCUCCCUGAACGUGGUGCGACCUUGCCCCAUGACGACGGCCGGCCACAACUUUGCCAUCUGCAGCAUCCUUCCUGAUAAGCCGUACUACGCCGAGACAAUGUGUACGCCCUGUGAGCGCCAACUGCACUCUCGCUGGGUCCUGAUCCGGGAGUGGGAGCACCGCUGGCUGCACGAGCGCGGUGUCUGUGGCUGCGAGGUCGUCUUUCCGGGACUCCUAGACACUCCGCGCGUCAUCGGCGACGAAUCUGGGGCAGGAAAUGCCAUUCAGCCUACCGGUUCAGCGGCUUCUCCUGCGGGCGCCGAGGAGGUCGAGAAUAAUGCCAAGGAAGCCGCCGCGUCCGAGGGUUCGACGGAUGUUGCCAUGUCAGGGACCACCGGUCAGGGCGGCGGCCUCGAAAAGAGUACCUCCUUCGGCGGCGGCGGCGGCCGCAUUCCGGCACUCUUCUCCGAGAGCGUCACCUCGACGGGAGACCAUCGCGUCGCUGUUCGACUCCCUGGCCUCUUCGCGGCCGAGUGGAAAGCCGACCACGCCAUCUUGCACGAGACGGGGAAAUGCCACUGCGCCGCUACCUUUGCUCCUUUCAAGCCACAGACCAGCGACGACGAGCUGAACCCUUACGAUCGGGAAACCCUCCGGCAGUGGCGCCAGCGGGAGGCCGAGAGGGAGACGAGCCAACACGGCGCCGCCAGACAGAUUAUCAGCCAGGUUGGCGACGUCGCGCGCCGCAUCGCCGAAAUCAAAAAGACGUUCGGCGAGUUCGACAUCCGGGAUAACGAGCGGCCCAGUGUCAACGUUGUUCCCCGCGUUCCCUCCACGGGCGGCCGAGCGAGCCAGUCCGCUCGGGCUACUCAGGGCCAGGGCCAUCAACACAGCAACAAUAACAAUAACAACAACAGCCGCCACACCACCACUCGGCGCCCCGACAAUCGCCGCGAGAGAACCCUCCCUCCGCGGCCUCAGUCCCAGCCGACUCAGCCCUUCACUCCGUCCAAGCAGCCCCAUGGCCAGCUCGUCCACGCCUCCCAAGCGUCCAGCUCGCCUGCGAAUCCUACGACUCCCGCCCACCACCGCUACUACUACUACCACCCCUUCCCGCCGACGCCCCCGACCAUGGAUCCCCGCACGAGAACGGGCACGGGCACGGGCAUGGGCAUGGGCUACUCGCCGUAUCCGCACCCGCACCCGCAUCAUCCGCGCAACAACGCUACGCUCGCGCCCGCCCACCCGGCCUACGCAACCCCCGCCACCUACGCCGACAUCAUCCCGUUCGGCGCGUCUCCCUGGCUGGCCAAGCCCCGCAGGACGCCCGGCAUGCCGUGGACCGCCCAGGGGCCCGGGCCGUACCGCACGCCGGGGCUGAUCUACCACGGCGGCUUCAGCGGCGGCAGAAACAACAACAACAACAACAACGGUAACAACAACAACGGCGGCAGUGCGUACCGUGUCCCCGCGCUCAAGUACACUACCACCACUACCACCACCAAUACUACCGACAUUACCCCCGCUGGCGCCGACGAGGAGCGGCGGCAUGGAGGGAAGACCGGGACCGGCGGGAUCGACGCGACGAGCGGCGCGGACAAGGGCAAAGGGAAGGCGACCGAUUACGGCGACGCCAACACAACCAAAACCGACGCUCGUGCUGGUGCCGCCGCCGCCGCCGCCGCCGCCGACCUUCCGCUGUGCGGCCUGCCCAUCGGCGCCGGGCCCGAGGGCACGUCGUACGCGCCGAGCUGGCUGGAGUGCCCGCUGCGCCGCCGCAGCCUGAGCGCCGGGCCGCGCACCACUACUACCCUCCGCACCACCACCACUACUACCCUCGCGGGCCGGGGACCGGGUCAGGGCCAGGGACAUGAGGAACGUGAGCAUGAAGAGGAGGCCGCCGAGGAGGAGGACGGCGACGAGAACGACGGACCGCUGUCGUCUCCGUCGCCUCCGGUUCGCUGCCGCUCGGCUGCGACCUGA